AAGUGAUGGAGCGUAUAGAAGGCUCUUGUAAGAGGUCUGAUAUAUAUUCGCUAAGUGUCGCAUUUCGAGUUCCAGUUCGAUCCAAACCCCUUAAUUACCUAACCGUUUACUUCGAAUCCAUGCACGUUGCUGCCUUAGGAACCUAACUCAUCCUUGCCUUUUAUAUCAAAUUGAAAAUGGGUUCACCGUUGGAUGCCUUACCGCCUGGGACAGAUCUCUGCCAAUUGCCGACCGGUAAUCCUCCCCCGGGGCAAUCAUCCGACCUUACCAGCAGUGACCUGAAAUCCCUGACGAUUUCCCUGAGUGUUAUACUGGCGACGAUUGCGGUCAUAUUUGGCCUUGGAAGACUCUACGUCAAUAUUCGGAAGUUGACAAUGGGCGAUUUUUUUGUAUUUAUCGCCGUUAUAUCGAAUGUUAUCACAGUGGUUUUGAUGGUUAUGUACGCCAAAUACUUCCGGCACAUAUGGAAUCUACCUUUAUGCUGGAUCGAUGAUCAGUACAGGAAGAUAACAUAUAUAUUGGAGAUGCUUGUAACAUUCAGUAUAUUCCCCGCCAGAGCAGCCACUCUACUAUUAUUCCAUCAGCUCUUUAUUGUCUCGCGACCGAUGAGUAUAGCUAUAUGGAUAGGUAUGGUUAUUAGUAUUGUAAUCACGGUGGGAUGCUUGGGAGUCUUGACAUAUAGCUAUGCUGUGGGAAUCGGAGAUCAAUCCGGCGAUGCUAAUGGCACCAUUACUUUUUGGAUGUUCCAGUUGUCGAUUGCAGGGGCCGCAUUAGACACUUUGAUCGACAUCUACAUCUUCAUACUGCCAUUGCCUAUUAUCUCUAAGCUAAACCUCUCCAAGAAGAAAAAGUUGCAGGUCUCGGCUAUAUUCUUUAUAGCGCUACUGGCCAUCGCCGCCAGUAUCUUGUCACUUGUCUACAGAGUCGAGGCAGUCCAGAGUGACAACAAUGAUAGCACAUAUAAUACUGCAGUUGUGCUGAUAUGCAGUCUCAUUCAAAUGAAUGUGACGCUCAUAAUAUGCUCCGCGACUGCAUUUGUCCGCUUCGUGCGUCACCACAUCUUGGAGUUGCGUAUCUUCAAUGCCCUCCGCUCGACUUUAGGAGCCAGUAGUAGCCUGAAUGGCCGACGUGGCCUAUCGAACUCCUGGCAAAACCCCAAUCAUCCACGUACCGGACGUGACGUACCACCAAACCAGAAGCAAAAGAGUUUCAGGAGUAUGGUUGAUUACGCCGAGGUAAGCGACACAUGGUUGCUUAAUAGCGGGGCUGCGAUGGACACCAAGGGGCAGAAAAAUACAGCUUGAACUCGUAACAAUACAAUUUCGUCGAACAAAAGUUCCAGGAGAUGGGCGUCACGUGAUACGUACCCCUAUUCAUCUGUAAAGGGAAGUCGAGAAUAUUUACUAGUGCUGUCUACGUAUAACUCGACGCCGCACCCCAUAGGGGUGCUGCGCUUUAAUUAGGAAAUCGGGCAGUAAUUAAGCUAGCGUACCAGACUUCAAGCACCAGUAAGAGGUUAUUCCGAUCUCUGUUACCUGCUAAAAGCGGAAGAAGAAUAAUGACAUUUUAUGAAAUUU